UUGUCCCUUUUAUGUAGGCUUUGUGUGUUAAACAAGUUCAUUAGCGCCACAGAUGGUCUGUCAGACUCUUUUGCCAAACUGGCUUUGCUCUCUCGUCCAUGCAAGUUGUCAAAUGUUUAUAGCCUACUUUACGCAUUUCGUUAAGCGAGUUUACCACACAAGAUAGAUUAUAGCAUUGUCUAUAGUUACACUGCGCCUGAGUGAUCUUUAGACAUAAAAGAACAAAAACGUUACGAAAGAGCAAAGAAAUACAAGCAAAGCUUCUGCUUUGUAUGUUUUCACUAUGCCUGCGUCUGGAUCAGCUAAUGUACAGUACGGUCACGUGACGGAUAACAAGCUAAGCCGUCAAUCGCAUAGGAAGAACCGCGAGACCAUAAGAGAAUUUUCCUGCUGCAACAAACACGAAAUUAUUAGCAGUUUCUCUCAUAUAGUUGGUUGAGAUGGACGUGUCUGGUCACAGUCUGUUCCUCCUGCAACAGCUGAACGUCCAAAGGGAGUUUGGCUUUCUGUGUGACUGCACUGUUGCCAUUGGCAAUGUAUACUUCAAGGCUCAUCGUGCAGUCCUCGCUGCCUUCUCAAACUACUUCAAAAUGAUCUUUAUCCACCAGUCCAGCGAGUGCAUCAAGAUCCAGCCCACAGAUAUUCAACCAGAUGUCUUCAGCUACCUGUUACACAUCAUGUACACAGGCAUAGGUCCCAAACAACCUGUUGACCAGGGCAGACUUCAGGAAGGCAUCAAGUUCCUCCAUGCAUACCAGCUCUGCCGUAAAACAGGCGAGGGUGGCCCUGAUGCAUCCUCUGACCCCAUCCGUAUGUCCAAUCUGUAUGGCAUCCAAAUCUCUUCGCAGCUGGCCAGUAAAGAAAACUCGGCCCUGAAGGCUGGUGGUUCACGGGACCCUGAGGACAGCUGCUCCAGCUCUAGGGCUGAUCGCACACAUGGCCGUUUAGCUCUCGCUGUAGGGCUGGAGGGCAUCGGAUCUGAGCGGCAGCCUCAAAGUUUCCGCGCCGCAUCCUCUGUGGCCUCAGGGGAUGAUUCUGACAUUUCGGCACGGAUCAAACAGGAACGGGUAGAGGAGGAAGAACAACAGGAAGGCGAAAAGGAGCCUUGCUCUCUCUCCCCAGCCCAGGUGAGCCCCUGUCAAGCCGGCCUAUUCAAAGAUGGCCAUCUAGCGCUUUUGUGCCCCCGGUGUGGUGAACGCUGUCUGUCACCCGAAGGCCUACAAGAGCACCUUUUUACCCAUGCAGCCUGUGCCCUCGAGCCUAGCGGUCUGAUGGAAGGCCCUUCAGAGGACAAAACUGGGGAGCACACGUCCCUAGAGGAAAGGCGACCUCAUAAGGAGCGCAUAGACUCUGGUAGUCUGGAGGAGGCCCUACGGCAGAGCCAGGCCCUGGCAGAUGAGCUCGCUGUGGAACUCAGGCGAGGCGGCGGGACCGGACGAAGCGGCAGCCCAUUGGCAGCCUUCACACGAAAGCGAAAGAUGGCCUGCGCCAUCUGCAAUCUUCGUUUCUCGCAGAAGAGCCAGCUGCAGGAGCACAUGUUCGCCCAUGUGGGCAAGCCACUGCGAUACCAUCGCUACAGCCGCUUCUGCGGACAGCUGCUCCAUGGCUGCGAGGGUCAGCCUGAUAUUACCGCAGCCACGGGAGAGGAGGCAGCCAAGGACACUCAGGAUAAUGGGAGCUCCUGCUACUCACUGGACUCUGAGGUCUCUCAGGAGAGCGUGGACGCAGUGACUGUGGAAUGACAUUGUGUUUGACAUAUAUUCAUGUGAACACACAAUGUAUGGUAAAGGAAUAUUCUGGGUUCAGUACAAGUUAAGCUCAAACGACAGCAUUUGUGGCAUAAUGUUGAUUACCACAAAAAAUUACUUUCCAACUGUCCCUCCUUUACUUAAAAACAAAACAGCAAAAAUCUUGGUUAGAGUCAGACACUUUGGAAGUGAAUGGGGUCAAUCCCUAAAAGUUUUAAAUACUCACUGUUUCAAUAGCACAGCCGCAAGACAUAAACAAAUUAUGUGUUAACAUGAUUUUAGUUUGAAAAUAAAAUUACUUAUUUACCGUUUCUGUGUACUAUAUCCAGGCCGAUGUUUUAAAGUCGACAACAACAGACACACAUGUUGACGAGCGCUUGUGUGGGGUUAAGGAAUACCUGCAACCCUAGAUAAAACAUUUUUAUCGGUCAUAACUUCUGGAAAGAAGUAACGCAGACACUAGACAAGGAUGACAUUUUCUAGUGUGCAUGUGUCAACCGUAUUUAUGCACACUGUCAAAUGAAGCAUCCUUAGAAAGGCUAUGUGUUCGGCUGCAUGUGUACACUAAUCAUCUGCAUCAAAACUUAAGUAUACUUUUGGGCUUAAAGGGUUAGUUCGCUCAAAACUGAAAAUUCUGUUAAUUACUCACCCUCAUGUCGAUCCAAACCUGUAAGACCUUUGUUCAUCUUCGGAAGACAAAUUAAGAUUUUUGGAAAAAAAAAUUUUAAUCCCAGAGCUCUCUGAACCCUCCAUAGACAGCAAUUUAACCACCACUUUCAAGGCCCAGAAAAGUAGUAAAGACUUUGUUAAAAUAGUCCAUGUGACUACAGUGGUUCAACCUUAAUUUUAUGAAGUGACGAGAAUACCUUAAAACAGAUUUUAUUCAAGAAUUUCUUCUCUUCCCUGUCAUUCUCCUAUGCUGCUUACAUUGUAGACUCAUUACUAUCCGGCUCCUGCAUCAGCAUCACACGCAUGCGUCAUGGUGCUCACGUGAACAGCGUUGGCCAAUACAGAGUCGGUGUUCUGAUGUAGAACCCCGAAGUGCUGCUCUGUGUGUGCAACAUAAACAGUGUAGGAGAAUGACAUGGUUUUGUUUUUGCACACAAAAAGUAUUCUCGUUGCUUCAUAACAUUGAGGUUGAACCACUGAAGUCACAUGGACUAUUUUAACAAUGUCUUUAGUACCUUUCUGGGCCUUGAAAGUGGUAUUUAAAUUGCUGUCUAUGGAGGGGUCACAGAGCUCUUGGAUUUCAUCAAAAAUACCUUAAUUUGUGUUUCGAAAAUGAACGAAGGUCUUACAAGUGUGGAACGACAUAAGGGUGAGUAAUUAAUGACAGAAUUUUCAUUUUUGGGUGAACUAACCCUAUAAGGCUGUAAACCCUAAUACUUUAAAAAACUUUGUUUUGUGCAAAUGCCAUAAAUGCUGUCAAUUGAGUUUGAACCCAACUUGUUUUGAACCCAGACUAUUACAUUAUUGAAUUUUGUUUUCUGACUCAGCACUUCUGUCCUGUCUCAAAAGUCUGUCAUUGUUAAAACAUAAAAGAAUUUUGUUUAAAACUUAGUGUUGAUGAUUGUAGUGUUGAUGUAUAAUGAUGUUGCUGACUCUUGGAUGACUGAACACUGUUGGAUCAAUUAUAUAUUCAAAGAAAGUAUUAAAUCAACAAGCACAUGUGCAUGAAUCUCAAAUAGCACUAUAAAGUGCCACAUUUAACAAAUGACCGCAAUCAUAAUAUUUGUUUUUAGAGGCCAGCUUAAGCUAAUAAUAUGUGAUUAUUUAUUGUUUAUUUCUGGGUUGUGGCCUAAUGAGUGAAACUGACUGUGCGAAGAGUCUAAAUGAUUUCCUCCCUAAAUCGAAUUUCCUACAAAACGGGUUCAGUGCCUUAGAAUAUUUUUUUGCCAAACAGCUCUGUAAAGAAAAGCACUUAAACUAUUGCUCAACCAGUUGAACCAAAUCCAGAUGUUUUUCAUUUUCAAGUUAACAGUGAACAGUGCCUAUUUGUGCAAAGUUGUCCAAGACAUCUACACAAUCAGAAUAAUAUUAUCAAAUGAAUGUGAGCAACUGGUGCUUUUCUAAAAGCUUUUUGAUAUGUUGAAGGACUUUCAUGAUUAUAUUCUGUAUGGAACACAGAGUAUAAUCCAAGUUUGCUAACAAUCUUACUACAUAAACUAGGACAGUGCAUAACUAGUAAGAUGGGACAAUGCCACUGUAAAUGUCUAACAUAACACUACUGGACAAAACAGCAAUGGCACAUAGUUUCCAGUCAUGUUUCAAACCCUGAGACAUGACAAAAAUGUUUUAUUUAGAAUGAUUGAUCAACUUUAAGACAUCACUGAUGGUAGACAUGGUUUCUUUGUGCUGUAUUUGAACUGUCAAAGCACCACUUUUUGCAGUUAUAUUAAUUGAGUACUCAAAUUGAGGCUGGUGUACUGUGAUGAGUAUUUUAUAUCAUCAAAACUUACAUUUGUGUUAAUUGUGUGACUUGUGUAGUGCAUUUAAACAGUCCCUUUUCAGUUUUAUUCAUCAUCAGCACUUGUGUGAUAAUGUGUUUGGUUAUUUAUUUAUUUUUUUAAAUAAAUGGCACAUUGAAUAAACUGUGAUUUAUAAUGCAUCUGCUUUGGUUGUAUACUUGUCAUUGGUUUCAAUGGAACUGACUUUAAAGGGAUAGUUCACCCCCAAAUGAAGAUUCUGUCAUCAUUUACACCUCAAAUCCUUAAACCUUUUCAUUAUAAACCUGCUGCAUGACUUUAUUCUACAACUUUGAACUUUUUUUGGUCCCCAUUGACUUUCAUUGCAUGGACAAAAACAGUUCUUCAAAAUAUCUUCUUUUGUGUUACACAUAUGGAAGAAAGUUAUACAGGUUUGCAACAACAUGAGGGUGAGUAAAUGAUGACAGAAUUUUAUUUUUUGGGAGUACUAUCCCUGGAACUGACCAUCUUGUAGUAACAUCUUAGUGCCACAAGGGAGUAGCAUGUAGUCACAAAAGCAAACAUCUUCCCUGCUGCCAACUCGGUGUAAUCAUUAUCUUCAAGCAUUGCUUCCAAGCUUGUCAUGUACAGUAUACAGUCACUUAACAUAACAUCUAACAACUUCACUGUACUGUAGGCUUCAGUCA